AUGGCGAAUAACAGGCUCAACAUCGCUCUUGUCGGGACGUUUAUCGUUGCUGUUAUAUUGCUGCAAGUCCUCUCAGUGCUUCACGACUCAGGAAAAUCUCCAGCAUUUCAAGUGAAGACACAAUGGGACGAUCGGUCGUCAGGUUACGUUGACGAUGAUGGCAUUCUCCUCUUAGGGGCUGGUAAAGCCGAUAUAACUGGGCCUGUUGUGGAGAUAGGGUUUGGUGGCUAUGCCGACCUCGAUCAAAUUGGUACAGGUCUUCGUCAGAGAAUCUAUUCGCGAGCAUUUAUCGUGGCAAACCCUAAUAAUCUCGAGGAGACUUGGAUAUAUGUAAUCCUUGAUACCCUAACGGGGGAUACUGGAGUACGACACAGUGUCCUCGAAAAACUUGCCGGCUUGGGCAAUGAAUAUGCGCGAUAUGGCGACCACAAUCUUGCCCUCACAGGCACACAUUCUCAUUCAGGCCCAGGCGCGUGGUAUAAUUAUCUCCUCCCUCAAAUCCCCAACAAAGGCUUUGAUAAACAGAGCUUCAACGCAAUUGUGGACGGCGUAUUACUGUCCAUUAAGAGAGCUCAUGAGGGACUUGCUCCUGGUCGCCUUACUUUCGGCACAACACACAUUGAGGACGCAAGUACCAACAGAAGCCCAUAUUCUUAUGAGGCCAAUCCCGAGGAAGAAAAGGCACGAUACUCUUCCAAUGUUGAUAAAACAUUAAGCCUCUUGAGAUUUGACAGGGAGAGUGACAACAAAACAACUGCUGUCUUAACAUUCUUUCCGGUACAUGGCACAUCACUUUACGGCAACAACACUCUCGUCACCGGAGACAACAAAGGUGUUGCUGCCUGGCUAUUUGAAAGAAGUGUCCGCGAUAAUUCGAAAUUUGCGGAUAAUUUUGUGGCUGGUUUCUCUCAGUCUAGCGUCGGUGACACUUCUCCCAAUAUUCUCGGGGCAUGGUGUGAAGAUGGAUCUGGUGAAGAAUGUCGCUACACAGACAGUACAUGUGGUGGAAAAACCGACAAAUGCCACGGGCGUGGCCCAUUUUUCCGCGAGAACGACCAUGGUGCAAAGAGCUGCUUUGAGAUUGGAUUGAGGCAAUAUACUGCUGCCAAAGACCUGCAUGCCCAAAUGAGCACCACCGCCACUCCAAUCCGCAAAAGCUCUCAAGUCAGUUCAUUCCACCUCUUCAAGAAUUUGGAUGGCUAUAAUUUCAAGUCGCCAUUCAAUUCCAGCACCCUAAGCACUUGCUCAGCAGCUCUCGGGUUUCCGUUUGCCGCUGGUACUACUGACUGGCCUGGUUAUUUCGACUUCACUCAGAAUAGUACCACGCCUGCAGAACGUAACCCCCUGUGGUAUAUUGCUCGAGGAUUUCUUCAUCAGCCGACGCCCGAGCAGCAGAAAUGCCAACAUCCGAAAGAGGUCCUGCUAGAUGUUGGAGACCUCACCUUACCCUACGCCUGGUCUCCCAACGUAGUGGAUAUUCAGCUCCUUCGUGUAGGGCAGCUGAUGUUUGCGAUUUCCACCAGCGAAGUUACGACCAUGGCAGCACGACGCUGGAAAGACGCGAUUGCAAGGUCCGCAAGUGAAAAGCUCUCAAUUACUGAUCCCCUAGUGGUUUUGGGCUCCCCGGCGAACAGUUAUGCGCACUAUGUGACCACUGAGGAGGAGUAUGGUAGGCAACGCUAUGAAGGGGGCUCAACGCUCUAUGGGCCAAAUACACUAGCCGCCUAUGUCAAUUUAACGCUGACUUAUCUCCCUUAUCUGGACGAAUCCGCCCAGGCAGAGGGUCGAUAUCCUGAGCCGUCCGGAAUCGAGCCACCAAUCAACACUGACAAAUCUCUGAGUUUCAUCCCCUCCGUUGUGUUCGAUGGCCAUCCGAUCGAUAAAUCGUAUGGGGACGUUAUUACGUCUGCUGGAAAUGCCAAAUAUAAACCAGGCAAUAAAGUGAGCGCCACUUUUGUCGGCGCUAACCCGAGGAACAACCUCCGAUCAGAGUCUACUUUUGCGGCGGUCGAGCGACAAACGGACAGUGGGAACUGGGAGACGGUGCGCAAUGACGGCGAUUGGAACCUUUUGUAUCACUGGAAGAGGACGAAUACCGUCCUAGGAUACAGUGAGGUCACCCUGGAGUGGGAAAUAGAGGACGACUACUACUCUUCCGGGAGUCCUCGUCCAGUGCAGGCCGGGGUCUAUCGGUUCCACUAUUACGGAGAUUCUAAGGGCCUCAAUGGGAAAAUCGAGGCUUUUGAGGGGAUUGACCAGCCCUUUAAUGUUGUUAUUUGA